UUGCGCCGCCAUGUAAAUUUGUCCUGAGGUUCUGGGUCCGAGUCCCGCCUCCGUGGUGCUGGCGGCGGGGUCGGUGGGGAUGACCCAGAGCCCUGGGACCCAGGAAUGGAGUCAGUGACCUUGGAUGAUGUGACUGUGAACUUCACCCAAGAGGAGUGGGCUUUGUUGAAACCUUCCCAGAAGAAUUUCUACAGAGCUGUAAUGCAAGAGACUUUGUGGAACUUGGCCUCUGUAGGUCAAAAAUGGCAAUACCAGAUCAUUGAAGAUGAGUAUAAAAAUCUCAACAGAAAUCUAAGAUGUCAAGUGCUACAGAGAUUCUUUGAACAUAAAGAAAAUAGACAACUUGGAGAAAUGUUCAUCAAGACUCCAAAUCAUAGAGUGAACAAGAAAACUUCUAGGGUAAAACAACGUAAAAGGCACAUGUAUAAAGAAGUGGCCAGUAGUCCUUCACUGUUUCCAAAGGAUAUCAUAAUUAACCACGAACACAGGCCAUCCGAGUAUCAGGAAAGUACAGAGAGGCCCCAUGAAUGUAAAAAAUGUGAUAAAGCUUUUAAGUGGCCCUGUGACCUUCGAAAUCAUGAAAGGACUCACACGGGAGAAAAACCUUAUGCAUGUGUGCAGUGUGGGAAAACUUUUUCUUGUUCCACCUACUAUCGAAGACAUGAACAAAUUCACACUGGAGAAAAACCCUUUAUAUGUCAGCAAUGUGGGAAAUCCUUCCGGUGUUCCAGCUUCCUUGAAAUACAUGAAAGAAUCCACACAGGAGAGAAACCUUUUGUAUGUAAGCACUGUGCAAAAGCCUUCACUUGUGCCAGUACUCUUCGAAUACAUGAAAGAAACCACAAUGGAGAGAAACCUUAUGUGUGUGAGCUAUGUGGGAAAGCUUUCCGAGAAUACGGCAAAAUGCUAAGGCAUGGAAAAACUCACAAUGGGGACAGACACUGUCCCUGUGAGGAAUGUGGGAGAGUCUUCAGGAGCUAUGGUUACUUGCAAAACCAUAUAAGGACUCACACUCGCCAGAAAUCCUGAGUAUAGAAUGUGGAAGGCCUCUUUAUCCCACACCCACCAUCAUACACUUCAGAAUGCCUAGAGGAGGUGCCUCCUGUCAGGGUAGACUGAGAAAAGCCUCCAGCACCUGGGUUUUGUUCACAGGGUUAGAAGAACACAGUGUGGAGAAAAAACAUUAGAAAAAAUAGAUGUGCAAAAUUGUUUAGUCAGUCUACAUGUAAUGUACACUGGCUUGAGACUGUAAAUGAGAAAAAUACAAGAAAGAUGUCAGUCAUAACGGAGUCAGUGUCCUGUAAAAGUUUCUCUGUUUUGAAAGCCUAUGAAUGUAAGUAAUAUAAAGAGUAUAAUGCCAUUACCUUAUCUGAAGGAAACCUAAAAUUUAUGUUGGUAAUAAUGCAUCCAGCAUUGGCUCUCUUAUUGAGCCAGAGGGUGUUUGAUCCAGUCAAAUAGUAACAUUGUUAUUAUUCUACUGUCUUCAGGUAGCAGGUUCUAAAUAUUUCUUAUCUUUUGCACAUUUUGAUAACUGAGAAUGUGUUUUUUUUAUUUGUUUUGUUUUUUUUUUUUUACCAGUUUUAGGACACAUUUAUAAAAUACCUUUGUUUUGUUUUGAUCUAUCCUGACCUCUGAGUAGCAUCAUUUGAUGCUGUAUAUAACUUCUGUUCAUAAGACAUGACCUUGUAAAUGUAAGGCCAUCUGAAGUCUUCUCAGCCUUUUGUUCUUUCAGCCUAUUAUCUAAACUCUGAAUCAUUUCCUGCAUUGUAUAGUGAACUCUUCUCCAUAAAUGCACUGCUCUUCCAGCUAUGGUGGGAUUACAUUUCUAUAAAACCAUGGUAAGAAAACAUAAAAAUUUGAAGAAAUUGUACACAACCCACUUAUCAUCAGUGGUGAGUCUCUCCUAAAAUAUGCUCACAUCAUUUACAAAAGCCCAUGGCCAUGCAAAAUCAUCUGACAGGUGUUACAUGAACAGGUGUUAUAAAUGUCAUGUAAUUCAUUCAGUACAGUCACUGUGUCAUUUGGAUUGCUUACCUUCAUGAUGAUUGUCUGCUUCUGCCCAGCAUCAUGAGAAAGUGGGUUGACACCACUGUCAUGAAACAUUAGUCUUGAAACUAUUGGACAUGUAUCGCUUUUCUAUCAUCAAUAUUAUAAGUCAAACCAUCAUCAGUUGGUGAUCAUCCUUGUGUCAAUUAAAAUUAUACAUUUGUUGAA